UCUUUUGUUUCCUUUUGUCGAAAUUCCACGUUCUACAAUUAUAACCAUGCAGAAAAUUGUUGAAACCAAAAAUAAUGGUCCAAGUUUAGUCUCAAUUUCUUCCAGCAUGUAACUGUGACAUGAUCUUAUGGUGUAUUUGUACGAGAAUGUAUAAAACUGAAGUACGAAGUUUGUGUUAUAAAUAUGAUGGCAGCAGCAGAAACAGAAACAGAAACAAAACAGAGGAAAUUGUUAGAGAAAUAAACACACGUGGUGACUCUGACUCGCCCAUGCUCCAGUUUUCUUCUUAACUUUCUUACAUUUCUGUGAUUGUUUUCUUCUCAACACACUUUGAGAGACCCAUUGGGUGAGGAAUUCACACAAACACCCACCAGACUUCAAUGCUUAUGGAAAAUCAAAACUUGCUAUCACUCUUCAUCUUCCUCUUCUUGGGUCAUUGGAUCCAUGUUCAAGCUGCUCCUCCUCACUCUCUCGUCACACAGCUCCCUGGCUUCUACUCCCGUUUCCCAUCCAACCACUAUUCAGGAUAUAUAAGUAUUGAUGGAGAUUAUAAGAGUGGGAAGAACCUGUUCUACUACUUCGUGAGUUCAGAAAGAAGUGCAGAGAAGGACCCAGUGGUGCUAUGGCUGAAUGGUGGACCUGGGUGUUCAAGCUUCGAUGGCUUCGUUUAUGAGCAUGGACCAUUCAACUUUGAGGCUGCAAAAUCAAAAGAGAAUCUACCCACUUUGCAUAUCAAUCCAUACAGCUGGUCAAAGGUUUCUAACAUUAUAUAUUUGGAUUCUCCUGCUGGUGUUGGACUCUCUUAUUCCAAGAACACAAGCAAAUAUGCUACUGGGGACCUGCAAACUGCGUCUGAUACCCAUCUUUUUCUCUUAAAGUGGUUCCAGCAAUUCCCAGAAUUUCAGGCUAAUCCAUUUUAUAUUGCUGGAGAGUCUUACGCUGGAGUUUAUGUGCCUACUCUGGCUUUUGAAGUUGCUAAAGGAAUCCAGAGUGGUACAAAGCCCGUGAUCAAUUUUAAGGGUUACAUAGUUGGAAAUGGUGUCACGGACGAAAGAUUUGAUGGCAAUGCUCUCAUCCCAUUUGUGCAUGGGAUGGGUCUCAUAUCAGACAGUAUCUACGAGGAUUUACAAGCUACAUGCAAAGGAAACUACUACGAUGCUUACUCUUUGGACGAAAAUGAUCCGUGUUAUAAAAGCAUUGUAAAAGUUGAUAGGGCCAUUGAUGGGCUUAACGUGUACAAUAUACUCGAGCCAUGCUACCACUUCCCUGACACAACCAAAGAAAAUGGAAGCUUACCAACAAGUUUCAAGCAAUUAGGAGUUACUGAGAAGCCUCUUCCAGUGAGGAAGAGAAUGUUUGGAAGAGCAUGGCCUUUUCGAGCACCAGUCAAACCUGGUCUUGUCACAUUAUGGCCUGAAUUGGCUGAAAAGACUCAAACGAGGCAUGUCGCUUGUGUUAAUGAUGAAGUAGCAAGCGCAUGGCUGAACAACGAUGCUGUCAGAAAAGCCAUUCAUGCUGAAUCGGAAAGUGUGGCAGGUGCAUGGGAAUUAUGUACAGAUAGGAUAGAGUACGAUCACAAUGCUGGAAGCAUGAUUCCCUACCACAAGAACCUAACCAAGAUGGGCUACAAGGCACUUAUUUUCAGUGGUGAUCAUGACAUGUGUGUACCAUUUACUGGAAGUGAGGCUUGGACUCGAUCUCUGGGAUAUAAGAUCGUGGAUGAAUGGAGGCCAUGGAACUCAAACGACCAAGUUGCUGGGUACUUGCAAGAAUACGAAAACAAUCUGACAUUCUUAACAAUCAAGGGAGCUGGGCACACCGUGCCGGAAUAUAAACCACGGGAAGCAUUGGAAUUCUUCAGCCAUUGGUUGGAAGGAAAGACAAUAUAAGUAAAUGCAUGCAUUGAUGUUAUGUGGGGGGUAAAAAUAAGCACACUGUGUUAAUUCUAGUUUUACCUAAGUUUGUGAUUAAUAUAUACAUCACUUACAUUACAUUUACAUGUGCAAUGGAUUAAUUAUUAUUUAAGUGUACUUUGUUAAUUUCAUACAUCAAUCCUUUCGAAGAGAGGAUAUUGAUGGAACAAAUUUGUAAUCUCAUCAACUUUUCUCUUUUUUGUAAUUGUCAUUCUAUACCA